UGUCUGUGUCACACAUAUUCAACUUCCUGUUUUAAGAUACAACAUCAGCCAUCUUGAUGUUUGCCACGAUGGCAGUCGAUCAUCUGUUUGCAACCUUCAUCCUUCUCCUUAUCUCUAACACAGGGUUCAGUGCUGAGAUCUCUGUGCUUGUGCAGACAGGGGCUUCUGUUCACCUGGAUAUACAGACACAAGAACCACCAGAGUUUGAUAUUAUAGCCUGGAUGAAUGAUAAAUCAGAGAGUAUAGUUAGAUAUAACAGUGAUUCCAAAAGAGUAACACCUCAUGAUUCCUACAAGGACAGAGUGGUUUUCAAUGAUGUAACCUUCUCUCUGACUCUGAAGAACAUGCAGAAGACAGACAGUGGACUCUACAGAGCAAGAACAAGGGGAUCAAUAAACAUAGAUCUGGUCUCAUACAGAGUAUCUGUUAUAGACUCUGUGGAGGCUCCUGUCCUGACUGUGAACUCAAUCUGGUUCAGCAGUGACUCCUGUACUGUGAACUUCACAUGUAGAGCUCAUGAGCUCAUGAUUAACUCCAGCUAUCAGAACAACAGAUGCUCUCCACAGGAAGUGACAUCACAGAUCAACACUCUCAUCCUGGACUGCAGUGAGGAAUCCAUCAUCUGUAACCAUAGCAACCCUGUCAGCUGGAAACAAGACAGAAUAAACAUCACACGGCUCGGUGAAAAGCCGUGGUCAAGAUUACACUUGUAGGCUGUCAGUCUGUUACAUGAAAGAAAUCUCACCUUUUUGAGGCUAAAAUCUGAAAAGAAUCAAAUGCAAGCAAACAUGUUUCUACACGACUGGUAAACUGUGCAGUAAAUUUACAUUCAGAUCUCUCAGAUGUCAAACAGGCUGAUGAUACAGAUUACGAUGAUGCUGAGGUGAGAUUCAAAUGACCAUUCACCUCUAUUCUAGCAGAAGUCGGAUAUAAAAUGUCAUAUCAAACUCAUUACUGGAUAUUAACUGUUUCAUAUUCUGUGCUAA